AUGCAGAAGGCUCUGUGUGCAGCCCCAGACCUGGGUACCUUCGUCACCGUCCUCACCCCGCCUCCGGGUGUGCAGAUAGGGAGCAGGUCUCCUGUGUUAUGGCCCAAGCAGGGCUGUUGGGACACUGAGAACAUUCCCUCCUCCCGCAGGAGAGAGAGGUCCAAGGUGCCCUACAUCAUGCGCCAGUGUGUGGAGAUCGAGCGCCGAGGCAUGGAGGAGGUGGGCAUCUACCGCGGGUCCGGAGUGGCCGCAGACAUCCAGGCACUGAAGGCAGCCUUCAACGUCAAUAACAAGGACGUGUCGGUGAUGAUGAGCGAGAUGGACGUGAACGCCAUUGCAGGCACGCUGAAGCUAUACUUCCGUGAGCUGCCCGGGCCCCUCUUCACUGACGAGUUCUACCCCAACUUUGCAGAGGGCAUCGGUGAGCACUAGAGGCCUUGGCCUCGUGGGAGACGUCUCCUCCACGUGCACUGCUGCCCUUGGAGGCUGUGAAAAGUGAGGUGUGGGAAACCGAGCUAUGCCCCCUCUGGCAUGGUCGGGUACCCUGCUGCUGCUGACCC